AUGCACAUGGACUCAGUUUGUUUUUAUGACCAUUUGGUGAUAAUAAAAAAUCCAACCUACAUUCAGUCGAAAAUAGCUGGCAAGUUAAGUAAAGGAAACUCAGAUACUGAAAAUCCUUCUCAUGGAGAUGUACUUGAAUAUUUGUGUAAACUUCUUUCUGAAGCUUUAAAGGAUAGAGUGUCGCUUGUUUGCCCAGUUAGCAUUCCACUUCAGGGUAAAAGUGAUUUCCAAGCUAUUGGUCUCAAAUAUAUUGGUCAAAUCACCCAUGCACUUCUUACUAAAGGACCCCAGAGCAAUACUCCUGCUGCUUGA